AUAGUGUGGGCUGUUUCAAUUCUUUGCUCUGUUUUACUUUCUGAUACUCUUCUUUGUUUUUUCAUUACUAGAAUUUUUGUAUAGUUUUGAGCCUCUAUGGUCAUUUUUUUUGAGCCUCUGCUUUGUUUACGUUACUGGAAAUCACGAUUGUUACCUAUUAGAGUAAUAGUUGUUGAUUCUAUUGCUGCUUUAUUUAGAUCUGAAUUUGGGAAUUGUUGUUUUGAUCUUAAGCGUAGAUCUUCCUUGUUUUUCAAGAUUUCUGGUGGAUUGAAAUCGUUGGCGGAGAGAUUUGGUUUGGUUGUGGUUGUUACGAAUCAGGUUGUUGAUUUUAUUGAAGGGAAUGAAAGUGUUAGAAUUGGGAAUUUUAGUGAAUUGUGUUCUUCUGGUAGAAGGGUUUGUCCUGCAUUGGGUAUUUCCUGGGCUAAUUGUGUUAAUUCUAGAAUCUUCUUAUCCAAGGAUCAAACUGGAAUUAAAAUUACAAGAUUUAGUAGCCUUCUUUUUGCUCCUCAUUUGCCACUAUCCUCUUCUCAGUUUGUUAUUACUGAAAAAGGUCUUUUUGGUGUAGAGAAUGUAUGA